AAGGAUGGUGGCAGGAGUGGGUGGAGGGGUGGUUGGGUGGCAGGGGGUUGGGUACACCGCCUCUCACAGCUACCACUACAAGUUCUCAGUCUGUUCCCCUGCCACUUGUAAACCGCCCUACCACACGAACUUUCUUUGCGAUUUCCAUGCGCUGCAUGUUCACUCCUGAGAUAAAUCCAAAGGGUCUCCAUCACAACAGGAGAGAAGGAGAGAAAGCGAAAGAGAGACAGAGCUGUUGAGUGUCAAAUUGAGAAUCUGCAGAUUGUCAUGGCACCCAAAAGAGUUGGCAUCGUAGGUUACGGCCACCUAGUGGAACAGGACGACUUCGGUUUUAGACGGCGAAGUGGAGAGCAGAUACAUCUGCGAAAACUUGGAAAACUGUAGUCAAUUUUCACCAGACUUGAUUGUGGAAGUCUCACACCCAGUUAUAUCAGAAAAGUAUGGACCAAUGUUCCUGAAUACUGCAGACUAUUUAGUCGGGUCACCCACAGCUCUAGCCUCGCAACCUGUUGAAGAUGCACUACGUACUGCGGCAACUUCCCACGGGCUCUACGUUCCAGCUGGAGCUUUCUGGGGUGCAGAAGAUAUACUGAAGAUGGCUGAUAGAGGGACACUGAAGGGACUAAAAGUUACCAUGAAGAAGCAUCCAAGUUGCUUCAAGUUUGAAGGGGAACUCAAAGCAAAAAAUGAGCAAAUUUGUGGCACUGAAGCGGUAACUCUCUAUGAUGGACCUGUACGAGGCCUUUGUCCCCUUGCGCCCAACAAUGUCAACACCAUGGCAGCUGCAGCAAUGGCAGGACAUAAUCUGGGCUUUGACGUCGUGCAAGGUUGUCUGGUAUCUGAUCCAAAGCUCACAGACUGGCACAUAGUAGAAGUCGAAGUUACAGGGCCACAAAUAGCGGGAAGGAAUUUCACCGUGAAAACCACCCGCAAUAACCCAGCUGACCCGGGGGCAGUCACUGGCAGCGCGACGUAUGGCUCCUUCCUCUCUUCAGUAGUGCGGGCAGGUGGCAGAGGGCCUGGGGUUCACCUCUGCUAAUUUCGGGGAAAAAAAAUUACAGCCGAGCUCUUGCCAAACUUCUUCCCUUUUUGUUUGUUUGUUUGUCAUUGUUAUGGCGUUUUAAUUACAGCAGUUUAAAUAUUG